UCAAGCUUUAUUUAAACCACAAGAUGACAGAACUGCUGCAGACGUUCUCAGACGAACCACAACAACCACCGACCAAACGCAGAACCAGAUCGACAUACACCAGGACCUCCAGGACCUCCAGGACCUCCAGGACCAGCUGAACCUCCAUCAGACCGUCAGAGACUCGGAAGGUUACCUGAACACACCUGAAGCUGCAGGCUCACUCAGCUCACCUGAAGCAUUUCAGACCAGAACCAGCAGAACCAGCAGAACCAGCAGAACCAUGACUCCUUCAUCCGUCCUCCUCCUCCUCCUGCAGCUCUGCAGCCUCCAGCUGAUGCUUGUUGCCAUGCCGACCUGCCAUCUUCAGGGAACUUUAGUCCAGGAAGCCCACAACCUCCUCAGAGACCUGGGAACGCCGUUUCCUGUCCACUGCCUGCCGUACAACGCCAACAUCUCCUUUCCAAGCUCCGUCUUCCCUGCUGCCACAGCCAAUCACCCACAGUGCCGCCGGGCAUUAUGGGUCGUGUAUGAGUCACUGGACAAGGCGGGGCCGAUAUUCAACGAUGAGGAUCACGUGCCACCUGUCGGAGAGGGCGGAGUCAACUGGGACGUCAAGAAACUCGACGACUUCAAGAACGUGCAGGACCGACUGCAGGAGCAGGGCAGCUGUCUGUCGGACGUCGAUACUUCAGGUGUUCUGUCUCCUUACUUCGGUAACGUGACUGCUGUCAUUGAGCAGGAAAACGCAGCCUGUGGUUGGCAGGCUCUGAGGAGAGAUCUGCUCUGGGUCCUAAAGUCCGCUCUGCAGAAUCACCACAAGUGUUUCACCUGGAGCCGCGCCCACUGAUGAACAGAGCCCCGCCCACCGAUGAACAGAGCCCCGCCCACCGAUGACGGGGCCACGCCCACUGAUGA